AUGUUUUGCUUGAGACGUUUUCUGUUUUCACCGAGGAGUUGCCAGUUUCGGAAGUGGAGCAGUGACCCCUUUUUCAGCCAGCUGAAUAAAUGCACAAAUGAAGAUCAAGUGUUCGAUCUGGUUGGAAAGAGCAAAACCAAACUCUCCGAAAAACAUGUGGCAACUGCUGUUGAUAUACUGUGGCAGUUUCAAAAGAAGAAGCCAGAAGCCCUAAAGAAAAUAGAUUAUGUAAGAGAUCACCCCCACUUUCUUAUCCUUCGCAUUUUAGCAGAAAACAAGAUCGAAUCGAUGAAUAAUGAAGCAUUAGUUAACAUGCUGUAUAAUUUACUUAGGUUCGGAGUUGAUGCCCAUGAUUCACUGGUAGAAGAGAUGGUCAUGGAAGGCUGGAGAAGAUUGGACAGUUUGAACAUGCCUGAGCUAUCUAAAUUUGCGUUGUCCCUGUAUGAGCAACAAAUGUACCACAGUCCUCUCAUGGGCCAGAUAGCUGAGAUUGUGAAUAAGAAUUUGACUUCCAUGCAAGACACAAGAGUUUUAUCAGUUUUGAUGAUCAGCACAUCUGGCGUUAUCUCGCAGAGUUUUCGAGAUCGGUUGGUACACAGAGCAGAGUGUCUUUUGGAUACCGUGAAUCCCACCCCCUUGAACCACACCAGGCGAUUCGUACAGUUUCUCCGGAAUGUCAAACUCUCUCAUCGUCCUUUGCUACACAAGUGCAAUAAGGUUCUUCUUCAGCAUGUGAAUCAAUUGGACGUGGACAACAUGGCUCUCAUCCUUGCAUUCUACCAGUCGUUACAGUUUAACAACACAGAGUUUCGGUUGGCCACUAAACAAAAACUGGUGGAAAUGAUGGACGACUGCACUAGUCCUUCAAGGUUCACUCGACUGUUUGCUGCUCUUGCUCCUAUGGCAGGACCAGAUGUCCGAGAAAAGCUAAUUGAAGCUGCUCUUCUGAUGGCAGAUGAAUUUGACCAUCACCAAGCAUUAGCCAUGAUAGAAACCAUGCAAGAAAUGGCAUGCAGAAGUUCGGAACUGAUUCAAAAGAUUUCUUCUCUCCUUCUCAAAUACUUGGAUAGCUACAAUCCCACAGAGUUGGCCAGAGUAACGCAGUCCCUGGUCAUACUGCAUUUCCCCAAUCUUGACCUUUACAACAAAUUACAGAGACUGCUACUUGACUGCUUGAAAGUUAACGUCAUACCUGCAGAAAUCUCCAUGCUAAUCCGUACCCUUUCCAUGCUCCCUUCUUCUUACAUGGAUGAAGUCAUAGUUAGUCGAAUUGAUGCCGUCUUGCCCCAGUGCAACUUGAGUGAUCUGAGUUCCUUUGCCGUAGCUAUUAUAAAAUGGGUCCGACGGGAUCAGUCCAGUCGGAAAAGUCUUUCCGGGCCGUAUGGGACACUUUUGCAAAAAGUCAACAACUGUGCCUAUCAGAGGUUACAGAAAGCCAAUGAUCUGGAUCUUCUGUUAGAGGAAAUGAAGUAUGUAUCUGGAGAAUGGUUUGAAGAAGUGCUUCUUGAUUAUGUCGUAGCCGCUUUUCAGCGCUUGAAGGACCAAAUUACAUGGACAAACGUCGUGGAGUUUUCGUCGUUUCUCAUCAAAACUUCCUACCUCUGUACCCCAUUACUCGAUAGAAUUGCUGCUGUUACUCUUCAGGAUUCAGAUAAGAUUUACAAUUCAGGAACUUACUCUCUUCUCCUUCCCUUUGCAAUUCUGAAUUAUGAUCCUCCCCAGAGCGAGGAGUUUUUUAAAACUUGUAUUGGACAUCUCAGCUUAAACUUGGGCUGUUUCGAACCCCAUCUCCUCGUGCUCCUGGGUUUUGCGUUGGCCAUCGCUGAGUAUUUCCCAGAGAAUUUGGCAACGGCUAUAUUUAAUGUGGACUUCCUAGCCAAACUGGAUGUCCAGCUUGAAACACUACCAGAUGCCUUAAACAGGAGGGUCCGCUUGCGGCUGAUGGAGCUGAACCGCGCUGUCUGUUUGGAGUGCCCAGAGUUUCAAGUUCCGUGGUUUCACGAACGCUACUGUCAACAACUGCAGCGGAAAAGUGGCGGCGGCCUGAGUGCCUUGCACCAGCAAAUCCACAGACUGCUGGGGGAAACCUUGGGAGGAAGCCAUUUUGCCAAAGCAUCUGUUCUCACCCCCUACUAUUAUGGAAUAGACUUUGAAUGCAUUCUUGAUAGAAACAAGAAGCCGCUUCCUUAUGUAGAACAGAAUGUGGUCAUGGCUGAGUUGGAGACCGUGCACUGGGGUCAAGAUGGCCAGUUCAUGGGAAGGAAAGGGCUACCAUCAGGAGCUCAAAGGAUUGCUGUAGAAUUUCUGGAUUCAAAAGCCUUUUGCAAAAACUCAAAUCACCUCAAAGGAGAAGUUGCUAUGAAAAAGAGACACUUGGAGAUUCUGGGAUACCAGGUUGUCCAGAUCCCUCAUUUUGAAUGGAAUUCCAUGGAACUCUCUUCAAAGGAUGCCUGGAUGGAGUAUUUAAAAAAGAAAAUAUUUGCGGAAGUUUGAUGUCAUGUUGACAAGACACCAA